GGGGACGGUGGGGAGGAAGGAGGGGGAAAGGCACCAACCAGCAGCCGCUCCAGCCCUGCCGAAGUUUCACUUUUUGUCUGUGGGUUCGCUCCCGGGCCCCGUGCGAGCUUUCCUGGGAUAAGUAGCUUUAGCGAGCGGGGGAGAGCCAGGCGCUGCAAGUUCAGCACAUCAUCCGGGUCCUGAGUGAUUACCCCAUGCCAGACAGAAAUGCUGGAAACUGAUCUUACAAAGACAGCUAAGGCUCUGUCUUCAAGGAUCUUCAUUCCAGCCUAGGAGACAGACUGAAACAGAACAUGGGAAGGCCCUACUAGAGUGAUGAACAAAGAAAUAAUGGGAGCCGUGAGAAAUGGCUGACUGACUACCUGGAAGAACAGGAAAAAAAUGCUCAUGGAGAAGAAGACAUUGGGUUGGGUUUUGAAGGGUGGGAACAUUGAGGAAACGGAACUGAAGACAGAAUCCAGUCACCUGAUUCCAGUUCAUUGCUUUCUCCGUUGUUCUUCAGGACACUCAUCGGAGGGAAGAUAUUUGUCCGCAGUUGACACUAGCAUUGCAGUUUGCUGAACCUUGUGUCCACUGAUCAUUCCAAGAGAUUCAACAAUGUCUCACCCAUCUUGGCUGCCACCCAAAAGCUCUGCUGAGCCCCUUGGCCAUGUGUCUGCACGGAUGGAGACCACCCAUUCCUUUGGGACCCCCAGCAUUUCAGUGUCCACACAACAACCACCGAAGAAGUUUGCCCCAGUCGUUGCUCCAAAGCCGAAGUACAACCCAUACAAGCAACCUGGCGGUGAAGGUGAUUUUCUUCCACCCCCGCCUCCACCUCUAGAUGAUUCCAGUGCGUCUCCAUCGGGCUCUGGGAACUUCCCUCCUCCACCUCCCCUUGAUGACAGUGCUUUCAGGGCACAGGGAAAUCCUGGAGGCAAGACCCUUGAGGAGAGACGCUCGAGCCUGGACGCUGAGAUCGACUCAUUGACUAGCAUCUUGGCCGACCUGGAGUGCAGCUCCCCCUACAAGCCUCGGCCUCCACAGGGCUCUACUAGCUCAACAACAGCUUCUCCUCCAGUCUCCACCCCUGUCACAGGACAUAAGAGAAUGGUCAUACCAAACCAGCCCCCUCUGACGGCAACGAAAAAGUCUACAUUGAAGCCACAGCCUGUACCCCAGGCUGGACCCAUCCCCGUGGCUCCAAUUGGAACGCUAAAACCCCAGCCUCAGCCCGCCCCAGCCUCCUACACUACGGCAUCUACCCCUUCAAGGCCUACCUUCAAUGUGCAGGUGAAGUCAGCCCAGCCCAGCUCUCAUUACAUGGCUGCCCCUUCACCAGGACAAUUUUAUGGCUCAGGGCCAGGGGCCCAGGGCUAUAACACUCAACCAGUUCCUAUCGCUGGGCAGGGUCCACCUCCUUCUGCACGGGGAGGCAUGGAUUAUGCGUAUAUCCCACCACCAGGACUUCAGCCUGAGCCUGGGUAUGGGUAUGCCCCCAACCAAGGACGUUAUUAUGAGCCCUAUUGUGCAGCGGGGCCUGGCUAUGGGGGCAAAAAUGACUCUGAUCCUGCCUAUGGUCAACAAGGUCACCCAAAUACCUGGAAGCGGGAACAAGGCUAUAUUCCUUUUGGCACCGGGAACCAGAACCCUGCUGGGAUGUAUCCAGUUGCUGGUCCCAAGAAGACCUAUAUCACAGAUCCUGUCUCAGCCCGCUGUGCACCACCACUGCAACAAAAGAGUGGACAAACAGGAUCCAUGGGGCCUCCGGCUGUCCCUUCCUCAUUCCGCCCUGAAGAUGAGCUCGAGCAUCUGACCAAGAAGAUGCUGUAUGACAUGGAAAAUCCACCCGCCGAUGAAUACUUUGGCCGCUGUGCUCGCUGUGGGGAAAAUGUAGUAGGAGAAGGUACAGGAUGCACUGCCAUGGAUCAGGUCUUCCACGUGGAUUGUUUUACCUGCAUCGUCUGUAACAACAAGCUCCGAGGGCAGCCCUUCUAUGCGGUGGAGAAGAAAGCCUACUGUGAGCCCUGCUACAUCAAUACCUUGGAGCAGUGCAGCGUGUGCUCCAAGCCCAUCAUGGAGCGGAUUCUCCGAGCCACUGGGAAGGCCUAUCAUCCUCACUGCUUUACCUGCGUGAUGUGCCACCGCAGCCUGGAUGGGAUCCCGUUCACCGUGGAUGCUGGCGGCCUCAUCCACUGCAUCGAAGACUUCCACAAGAAGUUUGCCCCCCGCUGUUCUGUGUGCAAGGAGCCUAUCAUGCCAGCCCCCGGCCAGGAAGAGACUGUCCGGAUUGUGGCUCUGGAUCGCGAUUUCCAUGUUCACUGCUACCGGUGUGAGGAUUGUGGUGGUCUCCUGUCUGAAGGAGAUAACCAAGGCUGCUACCCUUUGGAUGGACACAUCCUCUGCAAGACCUGCAACUCUGCCCGCAUCAGGGUGUUGACCGCCAAGGCUAGCACUGACCUUUAAAUCCAGUCACCUAUUUAGCGGUUAGUUGGUGGCUCUGAGAAGGAUGAAACACAAGAAAAAUAUAAGAAGAGAAAUAGGAAAAGAGAGGAAAGGCAAUCAAGCUAUGGGAUGGUCUCUACUUCAUCCACUAUUAACCUUCCUUUAGAAACACAUAGAGUAUGAGAUGUUUUAAAGUUCUUACCAAAUACACAUUUCACAUUUAAUCAUGUAGGACCUUGAUGGGCCUUUGUUCCCAAGGACUUGCACAUUUUUGCACGGAUUAUGCUCCAUCCCAUUCACUUCUGCAUUCCUUUAACUUUUAAUCCCUAUGUUUGUCUCACUUUUCAUCUGGUUGAAUGGCUUUUUUUAGUGUGGUAUUUGCUGUCACACAGCUUUUCCUGGGUGAGUUUGCCAACUCACAGGUGCUUUUAGGCUUGAAGGCUCCAUCCUAUCACUUCCACAUUGCCAGUGAGCAUAAAAGAUAGCCAUUCUUUUUCUGUGUAUUGAAAAAUAGAUCUUUCUGUUGCUCUAAACUAGUCGUGUCCCUUGGGGAAAAAAAUGCACAAUUAUAUGUCAGGCUAUAAAAAAUUUAAGCUGUAAAUUACAUAGGUUAAAAGAAGCCCGCAUUGAAUUUGCAGCCAUCCUAAUUCAAAAUCUAUAAUGACCAGUGUUUGGGGCUCAUUUGAAAACAGAUACUGGUGAGAGAGAACCAAACUUCAAUAUUUUUCUAAAGAAAUUACAGAUAGGGUAUGCUGGAUAAAGCAUUUUGGGGUUAUAUUUGAAAAACUCAUUAUUACCCCAAAAUAUUAUCUUAAGAUUUUCCUUUUCCAUGCUACCUGGACAUAAUAAUAUGGACAAACUUGGUUUUCUCUAGAAUAUAACAUUUCCAAUACUGUUCUGCUUUUCAUGUCAGAAAUAUUGCCUUUUUUUUUUUUUUUAAAUAUCCAAACACAAGUACCAAAAUUGACUUUUUCUCUAGAGGAAAAUAGCUAUAAAGAGCAGUUUAAAAAAAUUUUUUUUCUAGGCCCAGGUCCUUUUUGCCUGACAGUUGCAAAUCAGGGCACAUAGAAUCGUGUUAGUUUUGUGUAGUUUACUUUAAAAAGACAGGAAAGCUUGAAAAGAUUGUGAAACCACAGUCUCAUUAUUCUUAUAAUCCUUCUGCAACUCAAAUUACAUACUGCAGAAGACAUUUUCAUAUCAUCGAUGUGACAUUUACACCACACUUUCAAAGACAAUCACUGAAAAAAAAUUGCCUUUUUGAGCUAAAAAUAUGCAGAGUCUCUGCCUAGAAUCUUUAUUCAAACUCUUAUUGGGCAGUGAAAUGCUUACUUGCCAGCUCCAGGACCGCAUAUACUUUAUUACGUUUUAACAUGUUUCUUUUAAGGAAGGACACUUCUCUUAGUAGCAGGUUACCGUUUUGUAAACUAAUUAAGUAUCUUGGAUUAAGAUUAGUUAAAACUUUCUUCAAAUUUUUCACAAGUAUAUACUUUUAAAUUAUGAAGUACUUUAAAUAUAAACAAAAGUAUAAAUAAUAAUAUAAUGAAUCUCUGUGCCACCCAGUUUAAGAAAUCAAAUAUAACAAAUAUAGCUACAUUCCCCUGUAUACCCUUCCCUGAUUCCACAGAUAUUUUUUCAUGAUUAGAAAGUGACAAAGUUUUCUAGUCUGACUUUUGUAUCUAAUUUUUAAUUUUAACGCUCAGAAAUGAAAAAUUGUGCGUGUUUUGAAUUGCAACCCAGGCCUCAAGAGUCCCAAUUAAAUUUAUUUUACUUUAGCAGGAAUAAUCGUAAAGGUGGUUGAUUUUUUUUUUUUUCUGUAAGAAAUUCUUAAGCUUACAGCUCUUCUGAGUUAAUCUGUGGCUCAUUUGCUUUGGUCCCCAAACGGUCUUGUUUUAGAACCACCACAGUUACAGCUUUUCAAAGGGUCCUUUGACCCUUGACUGUCCUUUCCUUACCUUGCUGCCCUUAUCCUUGAUCUCACAUUUCUCAUAAUGUGAAAUACAAGGGGUCCACUUCGGGCAGCAUAUGAAUUUUAGGAUACAGUGGCAACUGUAUCUCUGAAUUUCUGUCUUCCAAAUGAAAGGCCAGACCAUGCGGAUGAUCUCAAAGAAUACUGACUAUUAGACAAUUGAGGUGAUAAUGAUAGUAUAAUCUGCUCGAAUUGUUUCAGUAACUUGUUUUCUAUGAAAUACUUGGGGGGAAAUUGUCUUUUGGUCAAAAGCAAAGAGCCCAGUUUAUUGAGAGGUAGAUUUUAUCUCUUGAAGUGCAGUCCUAUUAGUAUGAAUUGGAUUUUAUCUCUUGGAGUGCAGUCCUAUUAGUAUGAAUUUUGCCAAAGGAGGGAGAAUUUAUGAAAUAUUUAGACUAUAAAAAUGCAAUAACAUUCUACUUGUUUGUUACAUUUAAGUCCUUAUGUAACUGAAUGUUUACAUGCAAAAAAAAAAAAAAGAGAGUAAUAAAAAAAUGCUUUCACAGACCCCUCACUGCGGCAUUGCCAGAAUACUGCUUGCUUACAAUCUUUAUAGUGCAUUUUUAUCACAUAACCUCAGAGUAUCUUUACCAAAGAUUUUUAAAGUAAAUCUCUUUUUAAUAUAGACUUAUCAUACUUUUAUAAUAAUGAAUGUGCACACCUACAUAUAUAGAUAUUUAGAUUUAGAUUUUUUUUCUUUCACAAGGUAUAAUAAGGAAAGGAUCCUAAAAUAUUUUAUUUCGGGAUUUCUUAAAUAUAUGAUUUAUAUUGCUUUCUUAUCUUCUCUUAAUCAUUUGGUGUCAGCAAUGCCAAAUCACGUUUUACUGCUUUAGCUACAUGAAAUUUUGCCUAUAACAGAGAUAUAAAGAUCUAAUACCUUAAGGAUUAUAAUUCUACUGUCUUUUGAUAUAUUGUCUUGAUUGUUAAUCAUUUAAAUACAUAAGUAAUAGAAAAGAAUCACAGAGUCUAUAAGAGAAAGUUUGUAAAAAUAUACUGGCUUUAAAAAAAAUUGUCAAGAACACAAAUAUUUGGUAAUUUUAUGUAACAUGAGAGACAUGGAAAAGGAAAAAGAAACCCACUGUGUCUUGGGCUCUGCAGACGGUUUCAUAGUUAGAUUUCUCCAUUGCCUGGAUCUCCAGCUCUUGGCGACUCAGUGUGGAGUCUCAUCUGCAAACAAAUCGGCCUUUAAAACUCAAAAAUAAGUCAUGUGUCCCAGCAAAGUGCAUCAAGACGUUGAGAUCCUGAACAUGUCUGCAGCUCAAAGAUGUGGGUUCUUCUUUCUUUCAUUAACAAAUUGUUUCUGUAAGAGCAACUUCUCUGAUCAAAAUUACUACAUUGAGUGCAUGCUGGUUAACACAGUGGAGAUACCAACAGUAUAAUGGUUUUCUCACUAUGACAGAUUCUGCAGAGAUGUUUGUGAUGAUGUUUCAAGCAUAUAAAACUCUCAAGUGUGUUAUAUUUGGGUCCCAGGGGGAAAAGAAGAGCAUUUUACCAUGGGGCUAUAGUAGAGGGUUUAUGGAAUAUAGACAGGACUCUGAAAACACAACUUCCAACAGUUUUCCUAGUUAGUAAAAAUCCUAUUAAUGUGAACCAGCCAGGAGUAACAGUGUUAUUUCUAUUUGAUAUGUUUUGGGCUUCUCUUGUCAAAUCUGUGUCGGCUGCCCCUUGAUCCCUCCAUUAUCAAGUUUUGCAGGGUGUUGGGGAAGUUAUGGCAGCUGCCAGGGAGAUCAGGGAAACACUGAUGUAACCUCACAGCCUCUCACCAUUCCUCUUGGCUUGGAAAGGCUUUUUUUCCAUAUACAUUUCUAGAAAUAUUGCUAUUCUACCUUAGUAUUUCACAUUUGUAGUUUAAACAAGCGAUUGUCCAUCUGUUGCCUAGAGCUACAGUACAUGUGUGUUAUGAAUGAAAUAUGACAGCAUGUUCCAUACCAUGCUUUAGCCAUCUGUAGGAAACCAGGAGGCUGGAAAAGAUAUACCUCUGCAAAAUGUGCCUCAAGUUCAUUUCCUGAGAUCGCUCUUUUGGUGCACUUUCAUGGGAGACGAUCAGAGAGCAACAUGUAUUUGUGCCUUAUUUUUAAAGAAUCUUUACACUACUAUGAAUGCUCCACUGAAGAGUCUGUCACUUAAAUAACCAUCCCCAAAUCUCCAAGAUAUACUCAUCAAAAAGUCAAAAGCCAGAGAAAUCUCUUCAUCUUAAUGUAUUCUAACAGUAUUUCUGUUCUCGCCAUCUCUUAGAAGUACCUUACGGAUUCCUAAAUUAGGUAAACAUUCUUGUGCCACGAGGUGAUGCCUUGGGUGUCGUUAGUGACUUAGUGGUCUUACUCUCGUUUUAGUUAGAUGAUGAAGAAAGACUUCCACGUGAGCCUUUAACACCUAUUCAGCAUGUCCACUUUUUGUUUAAUUGCCACAAUUUUUUUGUUUGUUUUUUUUAAUUUAAUAGUGUACAGAACAAGUUGAGGAUCUUGGUUCUGAGUCAUUGUUAUGGUGCAAUCGUGAACAUUUCAGGUCAAGUUAUUUCCUUGACAGAUAACUUUUCUCAUGAAGCUGUUGUUUAGUUCGCUUAUAUUUCAACCUUUAAAAAGUGAUCUGAUUAAAGCUGUGUGGCGUGGUGAGAGUUCUUCCUCUCUCUCUCUCUCUCUCUCUCUCUCUCUCUCUCUCUCCCCACCCCCACCCCCGCCUUGUCUCCCUUCUUAUUCCUUCCCAUUCCUACUCAUUAAUGCUAUCGUGCUUGGACUUUUCAUAAAUAAGUUAAAUCAAUGCAUUACAAUCCAUAUGGAAUUAUGAUCAUAUUAAAGGAAGAAUUGUGCCGCAAAAUAUAUGUGUCAUCCAUCAAUUCUUUCUUUAAAAGUGCCUAUUUUUCCAGAUUGUGUUUAUUCAUAAAGUGAGGUGAGAUAAUAGAGUCUUUCAGUUUUAUUUUAAUGAGUUUUCAUCAGGGACUCAGAUCACAGAGUUCUUGGCAAAUUCCUUUAUGACUGGCCUACUUUUCUCAGCUAUAGGCAAAGUGAUCUUUCUAAGACUAGGUUGAGAUUUUUUUUUAAUCCAAAGCAUUUUGACCAACAAAACAAUCAUAUUUUUAAGUGGUGGCAUGUUAUUUUAGAUCAGUGAAACUUGAGAGUUUUCCUUAUGGCAGGGGAAAGCUAUUACUCUUCUGGAAUUUUUACACAUAUCAGCAUUUUUCCCAUGACAGUAAUAUUAAACCCUAAUACUUGAAUCACAGUAUUUUGCAGGGAGCAGGUCAGCAACAGAGUUUUUCCUGAAGCAUGGAUUACAGACCUGUAGUCUGUUUAUAAAAAGCAACCUGAGAAGAACAAUCUGGGUCUUUCGGUAAAACAUUGUCUUAAAAUGAGUCUGAGAUUCUUUUGAACUCUGGCUAAUACUGAUCAAAACAUGCCUUCUGUGUCCAUUUUUUAUAAAUUUGUUUAGGAAAAGCUUAUAAUUCUAGGACUGUAUUUCUAUUUUGGGUUUCUGCCCUUCUGUUUUCUACAAGUCGAUCUUGAUUUUCCUUUUUAGGAGGGUCACAGAUGAGGAAAGUAAAAGCAUAACUAAUACAUACGUAAUUCAAUACACAAAUGAAUUGGCCGAGAAUUAAUGAUAGUCUCAGUGAACGUGUUGUUUUGAUAAACAGGCAGAGGUUUUGGGGGUUUUUUUUUUGGUUUUUUUAGUUUUUUUUUUUUACCUGUCUCCAAGAAGAGAGGGCUUUGGUGGGGAAGGAGGAAUUUGAGAGAAGGGGCAGGUCACAAUUUAAACAAUAAGAUUCUUGUACAGUGUAACUCAGAAUUUUCAUAGGGGUUUUAAGGAUUGGCAAUUGUAGUUUUUUAAACAAGUAAAAUAUUUAUAUUUCCAAGUUUAGGAGGUGUUUAAAAAUCACUAUGGCUAACCAUGUAUUUUUCCCUUGUCAGGAGAGAAUUAAAAUGGGAGCUGCUUCUCAGCCCCAUGGCAUGGCCAUAACUACACGAGACUUUUAUAAUACAUGUCAUUUCAUCCCUCUGUGAGAGGGCCAUAGCUCGUUCUCUUUGUGACAGAUGGCAAUGCAUAUUCUUACGCAGUCUUAGUUAAGCUGUACUACGCCCUAAGCAUCUCCGAAGGUUAGAGGUUUCUAUUUUCACACAUUCAAUAUUUCAUCCCUUCUGACGUACUUACUUGGUGAGCACGGUAAGCAGGCGUUGUUUUGGUCUGUGGGCCUCUUAUUCAAAUCCAGUCAUCCACGUCCUGUACGGCCCUGCCUAAACAGCCGUGCUAGAAUUGAUUUGUACUGCCUUUUUCCUUUUUAGUUAGAAGCACAGAAAACUAACUUUAGCUUACUAAGUUCAAAGAAGAAAUACAAAAUGGCACAUUUUUCCUUCAAUAUAGAAAGGAAAGACACUUACUCCUUUACCUCUUUUAUUUUCCUGGACCCUGUGCAAAAAGUUGUAGACUCUAUAAUUUUGUUAUCCAACAUGCGUGGGGCUUAUUUUGUGGGAAGUUGUGUGGAAGAUGCAUUUUAUUAAUAAACUCAGUGACUUUUCUCCCGUGAAGUUACAAAAAAAAAAAAAUGACUAAAAUCUUCGCUCUUUAUUCCUGAUUGUUACUUAAUUUACAGCAGUUUCUAACCACACUAAUAAAUAUCUCUUAUCCUAGCCCUUGUUAUAAGCACAGAUUUUGUAGGAUUCUACAAGCAAAAUGUUAUGUAUACUAGAAAGAUGAGGGAAACCGACAGCUAAUUCUUUUGUAAUACCUUAAGAUGGUUACAUUAAUCCUUCCCUACUGUGUGCUUGCUACUUUUUCCAGGAUACUUAUUCACUUAUGGGCAAGAGAAAACAUCAUGCAUCUAACUCUGUUAGACAUUUACCUAAUAGGCCCAAAUAGAAGUCUUUAUUAAAUGACCCACAAAUGCAAUCAACUUGGUACUGAACAUAGCUUCUAAAUUCAGUGUUCAACCCCAGGAAUAGAAUGACCUACCAAGACUGAGACAGGUUUCAUUAUGUCAUCUUGUGUUCUACACCAGUGUAGAGGGCUAUAGCUGACCCCAAGCCACCAGUGUAGAGGGCUAUAGCUGACCCCAAGCCCCAGUGCUGUUCCUAGACAAAUCAUGCGUCCUUUAAGGAUCUGAAUCUCCCGUUAUUUUCCUGACAAGUCUCCAUUUCACAUCUUCUUAGAGCUGGCUAGUAUGUAGUAGUAUCCAUGGCAGUCCCUUCUACCACUGGGGCAGCUUUUUUCUACAAAAGUUCUUCCGUGUUAAACAAAACUCUGGCUCUGGAGCUAUGCACAAGAAGUCUAAUGUCUAAUGUCUAAAUCGUUGCCUCUAGGUCAGAUAUCACUAACUCUUGCAACUUUUCCUCAUUGAUUGACAUGGUAUCAAGUCCAAUCACCCUCUUGCUUCUCCUUUGAACAGUUGGACCCAACAAUAUUUUCUAAUUUUGUUUCAAUCUACUUGGUGAAAUGUGGCCAGCCCUUUGGGUCAGGCUAGGUAAAAACACUUUCUUCGGGGUUGAAAGUAAGUGGAAUUGGAAGCAUCCAAAGGAAACUGAUAAUUCGAUGUGGAAACUUCCCCCAAGGACUCAGACCCAGGAGAGUGAAAGCUUGAUGAGGAUAGAUCUCCCAUGUGUGCAAAACAGUCCUCUUACACUAUGUCCUUUACUGUUUUUGUUGUUACCAAAAAGUCAAAAGAGGAAGUGAGCUAGUUAGUAUAUAUGUCACCCAUAAGACUCCCACUUCUUGGUCAAUGUUCAUAAAUUCUCUUCAACCCUUUCCCUUUGUUCUUGUCUUCUCAAGAAUAAGACAUUUCUUGUCCAUGUUCCCAUACUGAAUACACAAAAAGAGUCCUGGGCUCUUUAUAGGUUCCACAUAAAUAUUUCUGGCUGGUUGGCUUUUGAGGUUUGCUUUCAUUCGUCUGGGCUCAAAUGUUAGUACCUAUAGAUGUUGCACUCUAGACCAAGUGAGCAGCUUCCCCACUUGCUCAGUUAAGAACUACCCUUAGGAGUCCGUGUUUUCUCUAUCCUUUUGUCUUUCUAACAUCUUUACCCCUUACUCAUCUCCUCAAUGUAAUAAUCACUUUAAGGGAAUCAGCCCCUAAGUAACUCUGAUUGAAGCUAACUGCAGUAAAAUCAAAUAGGUUCAGUCUGCACUCCACAGGAAGGAAUAUAGCUUCAGGAAAGGUAAUUCUCCCCGGUGGUAUCAGUAAGGCUUCAUGGAAGAGUGAACUUUGUUAAGGAAUCUUGGUUCAUUGGCUUGAUUUAGAAGUUUAGAGAAGAAUAUUGACGACACCAGAAACAAAAAGAAAGCAUAGGUUAUGUUCAGAGAAGACCUUCUGCUUUAAGGAUCACAGAUUCUGGAAUAUCCUUCACAGGAGAAAACGCUUCCAGAUACUCAAGGUCAGUGAGAAGGGAAAAGCAUAGAGCAACAUUGAUUCAGUUUGCUUUUUCAUCUCUAUGUAAACGUAAGAUGGGAUAAGUUAUCAAAUUAUAAUCCAACCCAUACAGUAUCAACAGGAAUCUUUUUUGAUAACAUACAAAAUGCACAUUUGCAUUAGCUCAUAGCUCUGUACUCCACUCUUACACCAAACACCCCACAUCUUUUGAGCCCACGAGGCAAUGAGCAGGACACCUCUAUUUUCCUAUUACUUCUAGGUCCACAAUUGGAAAGGACUCCACAUUCUUCUAUCCCACUUGGUGUUAAAAUUCCCUUAUAGAUUUCUUGUUAAGUGAUAAUCCAGACUCUGCUUAGCAUCACCUGCAUCAAGGAGCUCAUUACUUCUUAAGCUCUUCCAUUUCCUCCAUCAUGCUUUUUUCCAAGCUCCCAGAAACAGCCUUUUGGGCUUAGGUGCUCCUUGGUGCCACACAAAAAUCAUCUUUAGUACAUAAUAAAGUGUCGCUUCCUGCCUCUGUUUUCCUUCCAAACAUAUUUUGCUUUUGGCAACACAUUACUUUACAAAGAAUAAACUUUGAUUUUUUUUUUUUUAGCUGAAGAUUAUAAAAACCUUUAAACAUCCUUAGAAAUAGUCUGAAGGGUUUUCUGAGGGUUAGGUUUCAGAGUAUGAGUUUGGGGUUGCUGUUUUUACUUUCUUACUCAAAAGACAAACUGUUCUGACCGUUGUUCUAUAGCUUCAUGCCUUCCGCCAGUAACUAACCCAUGAAACCCUCUCCUGUUAUUCAUUCUGCUGAUAAUGACCUUAAAAUGUUGGGAGAUGUCAGCGUGCGAUCUCCACUUCUAACAAGGAAAACGUCAAAAGCAGAAAAUACUGGUUCUAUUGAAAUGCAUCACCUCUGGCCAGUUGUCCUUUGCGAAAGGAAGGAGGCUACAUUGUGUCAUGGUUUUACAUAGGAACGUAUACAUUCUUUCCAUAUUGUCCCGAGUUACUAUUUAGUGUCAAUACCAUUCCUCGGUCUUUGGGAGGACAAGGCUUGCAGCCCUUCCACCCCAGCCUUAAAUUCCAGAGUCCUAUCGGCAGAACCUGUCAUCAGGCUCCUGGGCAGGACCCGGAGGUGGCUUUCUGAGCUCUGAAAUAAUAAUUCCUAAGAGAGCUUACAAACUGCUUUCACACAUAAAACAGCCCUGGGAGGAAGGUUAUUAAUAGCCCUAUCCUAGAAGAGAAAGCUGAGGCUCAGAAUUGUUAAGUGACUUGCCAAAGUGAUAGAGCUGGUAAGUGGUAGAUUUGGGGACAUACCCAGGUCUUGCAAGUCCAGUGCUCUCUCCAGUGGCCGCUCUCAGGGUACAAAAUACCUCAGAGCACGCUGUAUGCUUCUCACAGACCACCGUGCCCCCUGUUUGAGGGCAUCCAAGGAAAUUCAUUCACAUAGGUUACUCAGCUAUCAGGUGGCAGAGCCAUGUGCGUACUGCGGUGUUUGAGAUCAUUUAGAGCUUGCAUGCAUUUUCUGUGUCAUCUUGUGGGCAACCACUAGGUAUUCUGAUUGGCAGUGUGAUGGAGCCGGUGAGGAAGGGCCACCGCUGAGAACAAACACUGUGGCACUGAAGUACACUGCAGCAAAUUUCCCCAGAGACCGUGGUUUACUUUACAUUAACUGAAAAACUCUGGAACUGUGAGGUUCCGUUUAUCAACCAAGACCAUGUCAUUUAGAAUCCAGUGGCAUGCAGAAAGAAGUGACUUGACCCUUAGGACGAUUCUCCUGUGGGCUACGAUUUACGCCCCACAGAGGCAGGAACUGCUGUAGGUAAACAAUGCAUAUUCUUCUCUCAGUUCACAUUUAUCGAGGCCCACCAAGUAUAUGUCACAGCAUCAGGCAUUUCCGAGCCAGCCAACCGACCUUGACCUUGAAAUGUCUGUGAACAAAUGCGAUGGGAUUGACUGCCGUUCUGCGACUUGGCUUUUGCUACUUGAUAGCCUGGGCUUAUACCCAGCUGUGGUCGUUUUGUGAUUUGUGUGUGCUGAUCAUGAGGCGUUUGGUGCUCUGUUGUUUCCAGCCUACGUACUUGGAAGCCUGCGUGUAUAUUCUCGAACCUGCUCUACGUGGCAUUUCAACAACUGGGCAUGCCUUCUCUUGAGCUGCAUCCCUCAGGAAGCUGUGCCUUUUGAGGUGUGCUCUUGGGUUUUCAGUUCCUCCCAUUUCUCAUUACAGCUGUUUGGCUUUAAGUUAAAAUCUGUCCACUGAUUGAAAAAUAUCUUUCUUCAUCUGAGUUAAAUCUACUGCAGGGAACCUUUAAAAUGAGCUUAUCUAAUAAGCUUUCUAGGCGUUUUCCCUCCCUAGAGUCUUCCAUCCAUCAAGCUGGUCCCAUCAUCCCUCUGCUGAAUUCCCCGGGAUUAAUAAGGGCCAAGUUAAAUAACAAACGGCCUCUCACCCCUUUCCAGUCUUCACACCUGGGAAAUACAGGCGGGGCCGGCGGGGCCAGCAGGCGAGUCUCCUUGGCUGAGAUGUCAAUUUAGACACUGGAAAGGUGGCUGAUCUUGCCGUGAGGUUUGAUUAAUGUGAUGACUGAUAGAGUGGAAAAUGAUUUCUCGUAGAAUAACAGGUAUAACCCCCACUACAGGAGUGGAGUAGCAGAAGCAGCAUUCUGAGAACUUAUCAGAAUUAUCUGGGUGAGUACGCCUGAGCCAAGACUCACUUGGGUAGAAACUGUGGUGUCUUAUUAGAGGGAAUAAAAGGACGGUGAAGCUGUGAAUAUGAAAAAGCAGCCCUUUAAAAUAAUCAAGGGAGCCACAAGCUCUGAUUUAUCUUUACAUAAUGUAAAGGAAAUUAUGAAUGCAUUUUUUUCUUCCUCCACUGUACACAAUAUUACCCCCCAUGCUUAGGGAAAAUACAAUUGUGUUGUCCUCAAAACGCUCAUCCAUGCACGUGCUUGCACACAGACGGACACUCACUCUCUUACACACACACGCACACACACACAUGCAGACAUCUUCCAAGAAGGCUGAUCCUUCAAAAAGGAAAUCUUAUUUUAAAACACUUGGAUUUUUCAGGCCAAGAAACUAAUAAUUCCUAGACCUGGCCCAUUUUAGUGACUGCUAAAAAAGAAAAGAAAAAGCUAUUUAAAUUUUGUAUGCAUCCAUUUAUCUCUUAAAAUAUACCAAAGCACUUUGAGGUGAGGGUGGAGACUAAGGUAUUUAUCUCUGCUGCUUGAGGCUCUCUUUAUAUUUCUACCUGUUGGGAAAAGGGUAAGAACUAUUCUUGGGCGAUUAUUUGAUGCAUUUGUGUUGCCACCUUGUAGGGUGCCUGCUUUGCUUCCUACCGAGGCAUAAGAAUGAGUUGUUUUUUUGACUCCUUUUCCCCCAUCACGAGGGAGUAAAUAUUAAAGCCUGAAUGUCUUCCCUCACCAAAUUAUUUCAGUCCAUUUCUGAGCUAGUUUAGAAAGUGCACAAGGGGAAGAGCUAGCUUUUCCGGGAUAUACGUCUCCAUUUUUCUUCUUUCUUGGGAGACAAAUAUAAAGGGAAGAAAUCCAGUUUCUUUUCAUCUCUCUUUCUCUUUGGGUGACAGUUGACGAUCCCUUAGUGAUUAUAAACCAGAAGUAGGUGAAUAGCUUAGCCAGGUUAUGAUGUAUCUGCCAACAUGCUUCAUUCCUUCAAAUACAGACUUUGAGAGGAAAAGGGACUUUAUCAUUUAAAUGCCAACAAUAGGAAUGGCCUCAUAUUUUAACUUUCAAACAGUAAAAGGUGAGUUGAUGUUUGGGCAGUGUUUGCAUUUUACUCACCCUAUGUGCCUUCUGCUUUUAGUUUUUAGAUGAAUGUCAUUACAUUAACAUAUCAGGGCGAAAUUGCCCAAAAGUGUUAAAGUGCCUUGGACCUUCCUCACUGGGUAGCGAGUUGAAACUGGGAUAAACCGUACCAGCCUUCUUACUUAACUGAAAUAUCUGAACUGAGGUGUAUCCUUGAUGAAAGAGAUUUAGGACCCUGGAAACUAAAUCUUGUCACCCACCAUUAGCUUCUAUUUAACUAGUUGCCAAAUCAUUUUUAAAUGACUUUCUUCCUUUUAGUACCCAUUUUUUUUCUCUUGGGAAAGCUGAUGAGCAAAUUAUCCAAGAAUUAUUUCUUAUUAAACAAAGUCAGAAUAUUUCCCCCCCAAAACUCUGAAGUAGUCCUCGUUCAUUUUCAGGAGACACAUGAAAAAGCAAAUAGAAUUAAAGAUGGCAUCGAUUGUCUGAUUAUUUAGCAUGAAUAAAAUUACGCCAUUUAAUGUGCCUUCAGUGAAAAUUUAAACUAAAUGCAAAACUUUCACAGCAGGGUGCAGUAUUGAACUUUUGCCUUUUGGUAUCCAUGCAAUUAAUUACUUGUUUUGUUUUGCCUUUUAAACUUUACCUUUAUCAUUCUUUAUCAUUAGUUAAACAGAUUAGGGGCUUUCUCUUUCUCUACUGGGAAUAUGUGCAAUUAUGAGAUGCACCCCCCAAAAAAGGAAGGGAAAAGAAAGAACUUUCGGGUUGCAAAUCUGUGGCUUGAAGUAGACGUGACAUGAAGAUGCAGAGCCGGAGGAGAGUAAUUUUCUCUGAGCCGUACACACCAGCUUUUAUUUCAUGGCUUUGUCACAGGCUUUUCUCCUUCUGUGCUGUCACCUUUGAGAAAAACGAUUGCACCUUCUCCAAGUCUGCCUUUUAACAGCUACAGUUGAGUUGGCAAGACUUCCCCGGCUCUGAAUAUAGCCAUUUGCCAACUCCGGCCUCUUUGCGAGACUGACUCAAAUCUGUGAUCUUCUGUUCAGCAUACACAUCAGCAAAGUGAGAAGAUGAGCACUAAAUAUAGGCUCUGUUAACCUUACUUUUAGAUUUACUGCCUUCAAAAAAAGUGCCUAUUCUGAGAAACAUAGACGUUAUUCCUACAUAUGUAUGUACACACGGUACCCAGAGUCAUACCGUGCAGCCUUCAAAAACAUACCAUCGAAAGGAGUAGGUGCUAAGAUAAGGAAACCUUGCCAAAUGAAAGUCCCUCGUUUCCAAUAUCCCCUCCCAAGUGGCACCGUGAAACAGGCUGCAAGCACAUUCCCUGAGCAUUCCUUGCUGAUACAGCCACUUUAUAUUUUUAUCCUACUGGGUGGUGGCAUGUUGCUGAGGUUUCCUGUAUCUACUUCAAGGGAAUAUAUUAUGCUUUAUGGAACUGGAACAUUUAGUCAGGAAAAAAAAUUGUUUAAGGGAAUUAAUGAGCCAGGGUCUGUAUUAGGAUAUGUGUCGUAUGUGUGUUUUAUAAACUAAGCAUUGGUGAGCUUAGAAUGUCAGCAUACUGCUUCUCCUUUUAUCUCUCAGGCUAACAUCAGUGAAAACUAAAGAAAAGUCUUGGCUCUGAGAAUUGGAGGCUCAGGGGGCCAAAGGCCCUUGCCAGAUCCUUAGAGCAUCUUUACUUUGACUCCUAAAAAUAGUAGCCCAUGUUACUUAAUGGCUUUUGUUUCCAUGGUUCUGUCACUGACACUGUAACUGUAGAUAUUGUCGAUGGAGCGGCAGCUCAGCCUAGAAAGUUGGAUUCUUACCCAGGUGUGGCAGUAGGAGAGGCUCUGGACAAAUAGGAAGAGGUAGACUAUGCACGAUUUUAGGAAAAGGGUUGAAGGGAGGACGUGCUUCCAAAAAAGAUCUUUCUCAAUGUGUCGUCUGACUCAACCAGCUGGCAAAUUACACUUGCCAAGUCGCUCUCUUCCCAAGUCAGUUGGCUCCACAUUCACUUGAUUCUGCCUCUGCUUUGGGAAGGCAGGAUACCUCCAUUUAGCCUUUCCCCAAGGAAGCUCUUGGCAUCCUCUUGGUCACAAAGUUGUCUCCUAUGCCACCUAGUUUCACCAAAUGGAAGUAAAGGGGGACAAGCAAUAGAAGAUGCUUCCCAUGCCCUUGAAGUCAGCCACCAUUCUGCUUUCUAGCUAAGGGGCUCCACUACUUAAACUAGGGAGGAGGGCGGAACGGAUCACGGUUUCAUAAUUUCCAGAGUGUGGACCACCCUUCCUUAGUUAUCAUUUUGUGAGACCACUUGUCUUCUUGGAGAAAGUGAUACUCUUCACUAAAACUGUCUACUCUUCCUGGUGAUUUUCUUGUUCUGUUUUUACUUUAUUCAGUUUCACACUAGUCAUUUUCUUUUUUAUAGAGAAUCAGAUGUUAGUACUAGAUAAGAGUUCAAUCUCUGUGUGAUGUCAAAAGGGGCAUUGGGAUACUACAGAGUUUUUCCUCCUUGGAAACAAGAUGGACUGGGAAAGAGACAGCAUGGCUUUGCUCUAGGUUUCAAUCUGAUUGUGACUAUGAGAGAGUUUUAUGUAAUGUUAAAUGGUAUUUACAAGUAGACAGAUCAAGGGAAAAGGGGGAGAAACCAGGUUUUCUCUGUGCUAAAUGUGUCGAAGAACAAGAACUUCUUACUAACUAAAUACAAUUAUAGACCCAUCAUGAUCAGCUGUGAGUCUGAAUAACAUUCUCUGACUUAGGGGGAGCCAAACACACACACACACACACACACACACACACACACACACACACAUGUAUAGGGAAUAUGCCUUUUUUCACAUGUAUGAUACAGAGCCGUGGUAUUCCCAAAAUACAGAUUUCUCUUUUUUAUUCUUAGCAAAUUGCAUCUCUCCACUACAUCAUGAACCAUCACUGACAUAUCCAAAAUAGCCCUCGUGGUUCCUUAUGAAAAUAAGAGAAUAAAACCUGUUAUAAGCAAGUGAUUUGGGUUAUUUUCUUUUGUUUUUAUACAUUACCAACUAUAUUAAAUCGUGUUUCUAUUUACCUUCUAUCAAUUUUUUCCUAUCAAUUAUGUUUUUCCAAGGCUCUAUAAGAAUAAAUACGAAAAUCAUAUUCCUUUUUUUUCUGUAAAAGAAUUGCAACUACUUUAUUAUAUUUAGAAAUCCAAUAAAGUUAUUACAUUUA